AUGUCGUUUAAGAGAAGAGGGCUAGGGUUGGGAAUUUGUGUCGAAUCAACUUCUUCCCUUUACUCAAAAUUGCAGCGCCGUGGCUGCCUUCGCGACUUCUUCAUAUUCGUUCUCGCUUCGAAUUCCGACGAACUCACUGCAACAACACUGUGCUAUGAACAACAUCCCAGGAUGCAUCAACGAACUUUGUUCAUCCACCGUCUCAUGCUUUCAUCCACUGAUUCAAACCAAACUUCAUCGCUUGCUUCGACCAACCGAUUUGACGCAAUCUCAAAAAUCACCAUUGCCUCUUUGUCUGCUCGCCAUUCACAGCAUCUUCGUGUCGUUUCUCUUCUUCCAAUGCUCAUCUCUGAUUUGCUCAACUCAAAUCAUGCUCGCUCAAAGCUCUUCGACCUCGCCUUCGCUCAGCAUCACAGUUCAUUUUCUACUUUAUCAGCUUCACCUCCUUCUCUCGUUCACAUGCUACUUCCAACCAUCGCAUUCAACAACCAACACGUUCUCGGUUCGUUCAUGAUGAAAUCCGAAAUGGAAGGAAACAAUAACACUAUAUGCUACUGA